UGCGCCGCGAGCUCGCCAUGGGGGUCCCCGCGCCGCGGCGGCCGCCGGCAGCGCUGGCCCUGGCCCUGGUCCUGGCGCUUGCAGCCCGGGCCGGGCAGGCGCCGCGCCCCGCCGAGCGGGGGCCUCCGGUGCGGCUCUUCACGGAGGAGGAGCUGGCGCGCUACGGCGGGGACGAGGAAGAUCAGCCCAUCUACCUGGCAGUGAAGGGAGUGGUGUUUGAUGUCACUUCCGGAAAGGAGUUCUACGGACGAGGAGCCCCCUACAAUGCCUUGACCGGGAAGGACUCCACUAGAGGGGUGGCCAAGAUGUCCCUGGAUCCUGCGGAUCUCACCCAUGAUACCACGGGUCUCACGGCCAAGGAGUUGGAGUCCCUGGACGAUGUCUUCACCAAAGUGUACAAAGCCAAAUAUCCUAUCGUUGGCUACACGGCCCGAAGAAUUCUCAACGAGGAUGGCAGCCCCAACCUGGACUUCAAGCCCGAAGACCAGCCCCAUUUCGACAUCAAGGACGAGUUCUGAUGUCCCACCUGCAGGGGCAGCUCCUGGGAGGGUGAGGCAGGAAGACACUCAAGCACUAAGUCUCCUGCAGAAUGGGCUGCCCGAAGCCUCUGAGUCACCUCGAUCUGAAUAAACCAGUUGCUUACCUGGAA